ACUUCUAUAGAUGUCUAAAUAAGUGACUAACUCAGUAGGUCUCAACUCAAGUAUAAUUUGGCUCAUGUAUAUCUCAUGCCUUUUUUAACACCUCUUGUAAAUAUCUGUAGUACCUUUGCGCAAACUCUUAAAUCGUGAUUUUUGAGUAUUCACAGAGUUGAAUAUGAAUGGCAUGAGUUCUUCCCCAAGGGUAUUACUUGUCGCUUCUUCUUGUGACAUGAGCAUUCACUUAAUUAACUUGUUUUCUAUGCUAAUACUCUCUUUCCAAUGCAGCUCAAAACAACUAUGGAGCGGUCGUGUCACUUUGGGCAUCAGUUAUCAUGGUCCUUUUACUACAUCUUUCCUUAAGUUUGACAUAAUGGUUCAUUAAUGUGCUCUUGUAUAAAUGAAACUUCUUGCUGGCAUUGAUGAGACACCUCAUACUGUCCCCCAUCAUAUGCAGGUUUAUUUUAUGGAUACACAAAUUUGGUAUUCAGUUUAUUCAACUUUAUAUGAUGGUGUCAUUGGGGCCUUUGAUCGUCUAGGAGAGAUACGAACAUUGGGGAUGCUUAGAUCAAGGUUCCAGUCCUUACCUGGUGCAUUCAACACAUAUCUGGUGCCUUCAGAUAGGUCGCAGAAAAGAGGAUUUUCUUUUGCCAAGCGUUUUGCUGAGAUUACAGCAAGCAGGAGAAGCGAAGCUGCAAAAUUUGCACAAUUGUGGAAUGAAGUUAUAUGUAGCUUCCGAGAGGAAGAUCUCAUUAGUGACAGGGAAAUGGAUUUGUUGCUAGUUCCUUAUUCAUCAGAUCCAGGGCUGAAGAUUAUUCAGUGGCCACCUUUUUUGCUUGCUAGCAAGAUACCAAUAGCAUUGGACAUGGCAGCUCAAUUUAAAUCCAGGGACUCUGUUCUUUGGAAGCGUAUAUGUGCUGAUGAAUACAUGAAAUGUGCAGUGAUUGACUGUUAUGAAUUUUUCAAGCAUGUCUUGAGCAUUCUUGUGGUUGGAGAUAAUGAAAAAAGGAUAAUUAGCAUCAUUUUUAAAGAAGUUGAAAGUAGCAUCUCAAAAAAUCUGCUUCUUGCAAACUUCAGAAUGGGUCCUUUACCUACUCUUUGCAAGAAAUUUGUGGAGCUUGUAGAGAUCUUGAAAGACGAUGAACCAUCCAAUAAAGAUACAGUGGUGUUGUUGCUGCAAGAUAUGUUGGAAGUUGUCACCCGUGACAUGAUGGUGAAUGAGCUCAGGGAAUUGCUUGAAGUUGGUCAUAGCAGCAAGGAUACUGGGAGACAACUUUUUGCAGGUACUGAUACAAGACUUGCCAUAGCAUUCCCCCCAGUUGUCACAGCUCAGUGGGAAGAACAGAUAAGACGCCUAUACCUCUUGUUGACAGUGAAGGAAUCUGCUACUGAUGUACCAACUAACCUCGAAGCAUGUAGAAGAAUCUCAUUUUUCACAAAUUCACUGUUCAUGGAUAUGCCACGUGCCCCCAAAGUCCAGAAAAUACUUUCUUUCAGGUUCGAUAAAAGUUCUUAUGUCGUGACUCCAUACUACAGUGAGGAGACAGUUUACUCUAAAACUGACCUUGAGUUGGAAAAUGAAGAUGGUGUAUCAAUCUUAUAUUACUUGCAGAAAAUUUUCCCAGAUGAGUGGAAUAACUUCAUGGAGCGAAUUAAGUGUAAAAAAGAUAGUGAGAUAUGGGAAACUGAGGAAAACAUUUUACAGCUUCGUCACUGGGUCUCCCUAAGAGGACAAACUCUCUGCAGAACAAUUCGAGGAAUGAUGUACUACAGAGGAGCUUUGAAGCUUCAGGCUUUCCUUGACAUGGCCAAUGAAAGUGAGAUACUUGGAGGCUACAAAGCCAUAACAGUUCCAUCAGAGGAAGAUAAAAAAAUCCAAAGAUCUCUUUAUGCACAAUUAGAAGCAGUUGCUGACAUGAAAUUCACAUAUAUCGCUACCUGUCAAAACUAUGGCAACCAGAAGCGAAGUGGAGAUCGUCGUGCAACAGACAUCCUGAACUUGAGGGUCAAUAAUCCUUCUCUUAGGGUGGCAUAUAUUGAUGAAGUUGAAGAGAAUGAAGGAGGAAAAGAAAUAUAUCGGAUAAUAUUACCGGGUUCAGCCAAGAUAGGAGAACGAAAGCCAGAAAACCAAAACCAUGUUAUAAUUUUCACGAGAGGAGAAGCUCUCCAGACGAUUGACAUGAAUCAGGAGAAUUACUUGGAAGAAGCUUUAAAAAUGCGUAAGCUUUUGGAAGAAUUCAAUGGGCAGCCAGGCUUCUUGAGCGGAUGA